GAAACAGGGAGAUCCCAAACCGGCGGCCGAGGGGGGUGGGGGUGGGAGAGCCGCGGCCGGUGCGAGCGCUGCAGAUAGGAGACAAAAGAGGCACGAAGUUACUCUCGCAAGUUGGACUUACAAAAAGGAGGCGGCCGCGGGGAAAAGCCGCCCGCACUCGGGCUCCCGAGACUUUCUUUUUUUGCCUUCGCUCUUGGCCUUUUUUCCUAGGCUACCGCGGCCGCCCAGGGGCCGGGCGCCGCCUAUGGCCGCGGACCCCCGCGCCCGGCCGUGACGCCCGAGAGGGCCCCGCCGGGCGCCACCGCCCCGGGGCUGGCCCCGCAUGCCGGGCGCUGCCCGCCGCCCCGCGCCGCUCCCCUCUAUGCAGCCGUAGGGUGUGCGGUGGGGCAGGGCUCACCAUGUCGAUGCUCCCGACUUUUGGCUUCACCCAAGAGCAAGUGGCCUGCGUCUGCGAGGUGCUCCAGCAAGGCGGCAACAUCGAGAGGCUGGGGCGGUUCCUCUGGUCCCUCCCUGCCUGCGAGCACCUUCACAAGAACGAGAGUGUCCUGAAGGCCAAGGCAGUGGUGGCCUUCCACCGGGGCAACUUCCGCGAGCUCUACAAGAUUCUGGAGAGCCACCAGUUCUCGGCGCACAACCACCCCAAGCUGCAGCAGCUCUGGCUGAAGGCGCACUACAUCGAGGCGGAGAAGCUGCGGGGGCGACCCCUAGGGGCGGUGGGCAAGUACCGGGUGCGCCGCAAGUUCCCUCUGCCCCGCUCCAUCUGGGACGGCGAGGAGACCAGCUAUUGCUUCAAGGAGAAGAGCCGCAGCGUCCUCCGCGAGUGGUACGCCCACAAUCCCUAUCCGUCCCCCCGAGAGAAGCGUGAGCUGGCUGAGGCUACCGGCCUCACCACCACCCAGGUCAGCAACUGGUUCAAGAAUCGCCGGCAGCGGGACCGCGCCGCCGAGGCCAAGGAAAGGGAAAACAACGAGAAUUCGAACUCCAACAGCCACAACCCGCUCUCGGCCUCGAUGAACGGCAAUAAGACAGUUUUGGGGAGCUCAGAGGACGAGAAGACGCCAUCAGGGACCCCGGAUCACACCUCCUCCAGCCCCGCGCUGCUGCUCAGCUCCAACCCAGGGCUGCAGCCCCUGCACAGCCUGGGACACCCCCAGGGCCCCAGCGCCAUUCCUGUGCCCAGCGCCGACCCCAUGCAUCACCACAGCUUGCAGGACUCCAUCCUCAACCCCAUGUCAUCCAACCUGGUUGAUCUGGGCUCUUAAAACCGUGUACAUGCUCCCUCCUUCGUACCAGCCUUCCUUUACUCUAUUUUUCAACUUUUUUUUUUUUCUCCCUCUUUUUUUUUUUUCCUCUCCUUGAUCUUACCAGAGACUUUGAAAGCAAUGGCAAACUCUUUAGUGGGUGUGUUGUGCCCUUUGUCAGCAGGCUGGUUGCAGGUUUGGAAGAUAUCGAACUUAGCUGUAGACAAUGAUGUUGUGAAAAGCCUUAAGGGCUGCUUAUAGGUGGUCUCAGGCAUGUAAGGACUGUUGGACAGGAGAUGUGAUUGUCACAGCAGGCUGUAAGACUUUUUGGUGUAGCAGCUCUCUCCAGCCUUAACUUCACAAAUCUCUUGGUGGUGUUCUCGAUCGGGCCGGUCUGUGUGGGAAGAGGCACAUUGUAACCUUUUCUUUUUUCUUGGGGUGGGGAGGAAAGGGGAGCCCAAACCCGCUGUUUUCCAUGCUUGUUUGGAAGUUACACGUCGCUCCCGUUAUCCUAUUGUAGCUAUGUAUCCGUGGCAGGUGUACGAUGUACAAUUUCAACUAGGAAUACAAAAGUUGUAGUCAAGUUAUAGCAGCAACGCGCUCUAGGCAGACUCUGUAACCUUCUUGUAGCUGAUGCUAUGCAGAAAGACAGCUUCUUUGGCCUUGUCCACUCAGUGCUUUCGCCAUUUGCUGCGUGGGAAAGGAGGCGAUGGCCCGGCUCUGGCCCCAGAGGAAGGCAGGGGCAGAUUCUCUCCUAAAUGUGUAGUAAGGGCAGGAGGGGGCUUAAAAAAAAAAAAAAAUUGCUGCUCAAGUUUAGACCUAAAUGACAGUAUCAACUGCAAGCCACUCAGUUUUGUCUAUUGUUUAUAUUAUGUGAAUACAUUAUUUGGAAAAUAUUUCUGCUUUUAUUUUAUAAUAAAAUUUAGAA